UCUCUCUCUCUCUCUCUCUCUCUCUCUCUCUCUCAGUUCUCAGUCAAUGUGUACAACCCUCUCGCUCGCCCCGUCACAUGGCCGGUCAGGCUGCCGGUGAACGGAUCAUCGUACGCCGUAUCAGAUGCUAACGGGAAGUUUGUGAACUCUGAGGUUGUUGAGGUCUCUGAAGCCACGCGGGACGUGAGGAGAAACAGAGGCUUCGCCGUCAACGAGCUGGUGUUCCAGGUCCAGGCUCCUCCUCUGGGCUUCACCACCUACUCUGUGUCCCUGGUUGCUGACGGGCCUCCACCUGCCCGCUCACAGCAGUACACGCCCGCGGCCAUCCGGAACAAGUACUUAAGAGCGUCCUUUGACCCAGAGACCGGCCUCUUGAGCAGCCUCACCAACCUGGAGACCCAACAGAGCAUCGCACUGACUCAGAACUUCUACUGGUACAACGCCAGUGACGGGAACAACUCCGAAAGCAAUCAGCCUUCAGGCGCUUACAUCUUCAGACCCAACUCCUCCACACCUUUCAUCAUCAGCAGGACGGCGCGGACAGAGAGCAUUCUGACUCCCAUGGUUCAGGAGGUGAGGCAGUGGUUCUCUCCCUGGGUGUCUCAGGUGGUUCGUCUCUACAGCGACAGCCGAGCUCUGGAGCUGGAGUGGACCAUCGGACCUCUGCCCAUCGAUGACAACCUGGGGAAGGAGGUGAUCACUCGCCUCGACACCGACAUCCAGACCUCUGAGUAUUUCUACACGGACUCUAACGGCAGAGAGAUGCUGCAGAGGAAGAAAGAUUUCCGUCCGACCUGGAACCUGAAGCAGUCCGAGCCCAUCGCUGGAAACUACUACCCCAUCAACUCCCGAGCCUUCAUCAAGGAUGAUACGGACCAGCUCACUGUGGUGACAGAUCGCUCUCAGGGAGGAGGAAGCAUCCAGAACGGCUCCCUGGAGAUCAUGCUCCACCGUCGCCUCCUGUACGACGACGUCCGCGGUGUCGGCGAGCCUCUCAACGAGACCUCUGACAUCUUCCCCAAGGGUCUGGUGGUCCGAGGUCGUCUCCUGCUCUCCCUCGACCCCCCUCCCAGAGCCGCCGAUGCACACCGCCCCCUGGCCGAGGAGGUGGUACUGCAGCCGCUGCUGACGUUCACUGACGGAGAUCUGCACCCGAACACUAAACUGGAGUUCUCAGGUCUCCAGGCUGCGCUGCCCCCUGCUGUCCACCUGCUCACACUGACUCAGUGGGACAAAGACUCGGUCCUGCUGAGACUGGAGCAUCAGUUCCAGAGCUGGGAGAGCAAAGUGAACUCUGAGUCGGUCACCGUCAACCUGCAGAAGCUGUUUUCCACUCUGGAAGUUUUGGGCGUGUCUGAACUGAACCUCUCGGCCAAUCAGUGGAAAGAUGAGAUGAGACGUUUCUCCUGGACGCCUCAGUCAGGUGAGAGGCCUCUCCUGAAGACCUUCGAAGACCCCUCGCCGUGGGAGGUGACGCUGAAGCCGAUGGAGAUCCGAACCUUCCUGCUCAGAGUCAGCCUCCGAUAGCCAAUCACGUUCCUCCAGACGAAUCAGUAACGCAAUUCAAACCAAUCUCAUCUCCUUCUCCUGUUUGAUUGGAUCAAGUGAGGACACUUCUACAAGAUGACAGAAACACUGGGGUCAGGUGGCAUCACAGACGACCCAGAUCUAGCGUUUCCCACAAACAUCUGAAGACCACGUCUGUCCUACAUUGAGGCAGGAUCUUCAUGUUUUCUUUCUUGUGGUUGACCGAACAAGAAAAGAGAGAGAUACCAGCGACUCAGGAUGUCUGCACUAGUUCCUCCUUCAUCUACAGACUUUGUUAAAGCUGCCUUUUACUCUACGACUUUUAAAACUGACCCUGUAGCGUUUUACUGCCUUUAAACUGAAGGUGUUUUAUUUCUCUUCCAAUCACACUAGAAGUUAAACUGAUGCUGACUCGUACAAAGAGUCAAAUGACUGGAUUUGUGCCAAUAUGUGUAAAUAUUUUAGAAUGAUUUUAUACUGAUUAUCAAACAGCUGAUAAUAAAGUUUAUGAUUCUUAACUUUC